GUCUGAGUAAAGAGGCUUCAAACAUGUCCGAGAAAACCCUUCCUCAAGAUUUGCCAGCUCCAAUAAGCAACUUGGAGAUAAAAUACAGAAAGAUUUUUAUAAACAAUGAAUGGCACAAUUCUGUAAGUGGGAAAAAGUUCCCUGUCUACAAUCCAGCUACAGGAGAGAAAAUAUGUGAGGUGGAAGAAGGAGAUAAGGAAGAUGUGAACAAGGCUGUGAAAGCAGCAAGAGAAGCUUUCCAGAUAGGGUCCCCAUGGCGAAGGCUGGAUGCUUCUGAAAGGGGGAGGAUCCUUAAUAAGUUGGCUGACCUUGUGGAACGUGAUAGGUCAAUACUAAGUACCAUGGAAUCUAUUGAUGGUGGAAAGCCAUUUGCUGCAUCCUAUUAUGGAGAUAUACCUGGAGCUAUUAAAUCACUGCGCUACUGUGCAGGAUGGGCUGACAAAAACCAAGGCCGUACAAUACCAAUGGAUGGUGACUAUUUUACUUUUACAAGACAUGAGCCUGUUGGAGUAUGUGGACAAAUAAUCCCAUGGAACUUUCCGUUGGUGAUGUUUGCUUGGAAAAUUGCUCCUGCUUUAUGCUGUGGUAACACAGUUGUCAUCAAACCAGCUGAACAAACACCACUGACUGCUCUAUACAUGGGAUCAUUAAUAAAAGAGGCAGGAAUUCCUCCUGGGGUAGUGAAUAUUGUACCAGGAUAUGGACCAACAGCAGGAGCAGCUAUAGCCUAUCAUAUGGAAAUAGACAAAGUAGCUUUCACUGGUUCAACAGAGGUUGGAAAACUGAUAAAAGAAGCAGCAGGAAAGAGCAACCUUAAAAGAGUCACUCUUGAACUUGGUGGAAAAAGCCCCAACAUCAUUUUUGCAGAUGCAGACUUGGAUUUGGCAGUUGAACAUGCACACAAUGGCCUGUUCUUCCAUCAGGGCCAGUGCUGCAUAGCAGGAUCCAGGAUAUUUGUGGAAGAACCAAUCUAUGAUGAAUUUGUGCGUAAGAGUGUUGAAAGGGCCAAAAAACGUGUUCUUGGAGAUCCUCUUUCUCCUUGUGUAAACCAAGGACCACAGAUUGACAAGGAUCAAUUCGACAAAAUUCUUGAAUUGAUUGAGAGUGGUAAGAAAGAAGGAGCAAAGUUGGAAUGCGGGGGAAGUGCAUGGGGUGAGAAAGGUUUCUAUAUAAGCCCCACGGUCUUUUCAGAUGUGAAGGAUGAUAUGCGUAUAGCCAAAGAAGAAAUUUUUGGGCCUGUGCAACAAAUCCUGAAGUUUAAGAGAAUUGAUGAAGUUAUUAAAAGGGCUAACAAUACAAACUAUGGAUUAGCUGCAGGAGUUUUCACCAAAGACAUGGACAAAGCAAUAUUAAUGUCUACGGCUCUUCAGGCUGGAACUGUGUGGAUAAAUUGCUACAGUGCAAUGUCGCCACAAAGCCCUUUUGGCGGGUUUAAGAUGUCCGGAAAUGGCCGUGAAAUGGGAGAAUAUGGUCUGCAUGAAUACACUGAAGUCAAGACAGUCAUCAUGAAAAUUUCACAGAAGAAUUCCUAAAAAUGUCACAGCACUGAUAUCCCGAAUGCCUGGAGGAUCGUGGAAAUACUGCCAUAUUUUUGUGUGUUUAAAUCUGAUUCUAACAACAGCUGCAAACAUUUGUGGUGCUGUUGAAAGAUCUCCUUUAUUAUUAUAGUGAAGUUGACCAUGGUAUCACUUGUCAAUAUGUUUGGAAAACAAUAGACUUUUGUGUUACUGAUCCUGCAGUGCAUGACCUCAUUGUCACUGUUAUAGACAAUAUACCCAGCAUAUCAUGCUGUCCCUGUCACAGUUCUGUGUUUUAUGAUCUGGUGCAGAAAUCAUUCAAUGAUUUUAGUCUCGUUUAACCCUUGAAUUUAAAGUUUUGCUAGGAAAAGGAAGUAGGAUAAAAUCAUAUGUAAAGUAUACUGGAAUAUAUUAGAAGUGUUUAGUUGCAAAGUUAAAUAUACAAGAAGGGAAAAAACACAGCAAAGUGCUGCCAUAUAUAUAUAUAUAUAUAUAAAGCAAAUAUAUUAAGAAAAGGAAUGUAAGUUGAUGCUAAAUCUGGAAUCACCAAGUGCACUACUUUAAGUCUUUUAAAAAUGCUUUAUAAAGGUGACCAUACAUGGUAAGAGCCGCUCGUUGGCAAGGCCCUGAGGCCAACCAAUCGAAUUAGAACAGCGGGUAUAGGUGCUGUUGGUUCGGGGACCCCAGUUCGAUGGAAAACUCAAACCUGCCCGAUCGAGAUCUGCCUGAUUUCAGGCCGAAUGUUGGUCGGGCAGGCCUGCCGUUCAUGCCCAUACAAAGGCAGAUAAGCUGCUGAAUCAGUCUUAAGGACUGACAUCAGCAGCUAGAAUCAGCCCGUGUAUGGCCACCUUUAAGCAUCUAGUUAUACAGAGAUGGUGUUACACUGGAACAGCUUAGUUUUACCAGCUGGUAUAUAAAAUGAUUCAGAAAAAAACAAUUCCUUUUUAUUGUGGUAGGUGCUAAAACAAACUGCUGUAUAAAAGUAGAGCUUUACAAAAAUGCAUUACAUAUCGAUUUUUACCUCCCCUUGGAACUCAAGACAAUGUGAAUUUAAUUUUUCAUUCAAAUGCGCCUUUGUGCUUGGCAGUUGUUUCAAAAACAAAACCGGCAAUUCAUGGAUCGUCUCAUGAGUGUAAUAAAUAAGCUUUUUUUCUUUCAGA